CGCCGGAUUUACAAACCCCAUAAUCCAUUAACGUCAUUCUUUGUCGAUUAAGAAGAGGGAUAAUCCGUCCGAUUUACCGUGCGCUCUUCCCUAAUUGGUGAUUAGAUUAAUAAUUUAAGAGAUAAAGGGUAGGUUGCAUCUUUACCUACCUUGGACGUUCCCUCGUCACUCGAAGCCGCCGAUGUCGGCCGAACUAUCUGACGCUCCAAUCGAAGCGCAUCUCCGUCGAUUUUGAAAUUCUAUGCGGGUAAAAACUAUUGUUUCAGUCGUUCUGAUUUUUAUCUCUGAAAUUUUUCGUUUAUAUUCAGUUGAAAUGAGCACUUAUUUAGGAUGCUGAUUUUGUAGCUGAUAAUUUAUCGUGUAUUCGCUACGUUUCCUUCAAAUUGGAACAUUCGACAUGUAUUUGUCCUAGACUUUGCUAUUCAUUGAUUAUGAUAGUAAUAAUCUCAUUCACAACAGAGGCUUUUCAAUCAAAUGCAAGCCCUUAAUUGAUUAUGCGGGAAUGAUGGUACAAAUCUCAGUCCUUAAAAUGAAUUGAAAAUUUUAUGUCUGCAGCAUUGCUUGUUACUGACUUUUGCUUCCAGGGCUUUGGUUUUAUGAUUAGAAUGUUGGUUCAUACUCCGUCUUCAAAUGAAAAACAGAAAUGUUGCCUACUGUUUUAUAUUGGCACCAGCUUUUUAGAGGCAUAAUGGCUACUGUAAUAUGCUGACGGGAAAUUAGAGCGUUCUUCUACUUCAACCGUUUAGAUUAACUGUCUUGUAUGCAGUUCUUGGAAACAGAUUCUGUUGCUCGAUUGUUUAUGAAGAUGGUGUGACAGCAGAUAAAUACUAAUACUUUGAGGAAAUCAUCAAUAUCUUCUUACUGUGCGGUGAUGAGAGUAGCUCUGGAUUUUGGUGAAUUGACUUUAUUUGCGCUGCCAAUGUUUCUUAACAGAUAUUCUUAAAAUUUUGGCCAUGCAAAGGGUUUGACUGUUAUUUCCUCUUCUUUAGGUUUGAAAUGCUUCUUAGGAAAUGAAAAAGCUGAUUGGAUAUUCCACACAAAAGAAGAAAUAAGUUGGCCAAGGAAAUGGAAGACCCUCGCGCCAAUGGCGAACGCAGUCACGAUAACAACAAUAACCACCUCUCAAAGAAGCAGAAGCUUUCAUCCAAGUUCAUUUCCGACUCUGAAAUUCAUCAGGAGUUCGCCCACCACCAGCUGGGCAUUUCUCGGAUUAACAAUGGCAGCUUCGGUAGCUGCCCAGCUUCAAUUAUUGCUGCUCAAAAGCGGUGGCAGCUUCGGUUCCUCCAGCAACCUGAUGAUUUCUUCUUCAAUCACCUCCAGAAAGGAAUCCUCCGUUCCCGGACUCUCAUUAAGUCCCUGAUUAAUGCUGACCACGUUGAUGAGGUCUCCAUCGUAGACAACGCAACCACUGCAGCCGCCAUCGUCCUCCAACAUGUUGGGUGGGCCUUUGCCGAGGGCCGUUUUGAGAAAGGUGAUGCAGUCGUCAUGCUCCAUUGCGCCUUUCAGGCUGUCAAGAAGUCCAUUGAGGCUUACGUCACUCGAGCAGGUGGGUCUGUCAUUGUGGUCCAGCUGCCUUUUCCUGUCCACUCUGAACAGGAAAUUAUUGCAGAGUUUCGGAAAGGAUUGGCCAAGGGUAAAGCCCACGGCAGGAAAGUGAGGCUCGCAAUCAUAGAUCACAUAACGUCCAUGCCCUGUGUUGUGAUUCCAGUGAGGGAAUUGGUUCAGAUAUGCAGAGAGGAAGGUGUCGAGAAGGUCUUUGUUGACGCUGCUCAUGCAAUUGGAAGUGUCCAUGUGGAUGUUAAGCAAAUUGGGGCUGACUUUUACGUCAGUAAUUUGCACAAAUGGUUCUUCUGUCCACCUUCUGUUGCUUUCUUAUACUGUCGAAAGUCAUCUCCUGAUCCUGAUUUGCAUCAUCCGGUGGUGUCCCACGAGUAUGGCAAUGGCCUCGCCAUCGAGAGCGCCUGGAUUGGUACCAGGGAUUACAGUUCCCAGUUGGUUGUACCUGAGGUCUUAGAUUUUAUCAGUAGAUUUGAAGGUGGUAUUGUUGGCAUCCGGGAUAGGAACCAUGAAGCUGUUGUGAAAAUGGGGGAAAUGUUGGCCAAUGCUUGGGAAACACAUCUUGGUUCACCUCCUCACAUGUGCCCUAGCAUGGCUAUGGUUGGUUUGCCUUCAAGUCUGAGGGUUUUGAGCGAUGAGGAUGCAUCAAGAUUGAGAACUCAUCUGCGCAACCGUUUUGGAGUGGAGGUCCCAAUACAUUACCAGGCCCCCAAAGAUGGGAAUGACAGUGAUCGUGUGACUGGAUAUGUGCGUAUUUCUCACCAAGUUUACAAUACCGUUGAUGAUUAUCUCAGGUUAAGGGAUGCUAUUAACUUGCUUUUGGAGGAGGGCGUGACUUGCCAAUCAUUGCACAAGGAUAAAUAGGUGUGGACUGCAUCUGUUGAUUUUUGUCCUUUUACGUGGUUUUUAUAACAUAUGCUUUUGUGUUAAGAAUGCUCAUGUUGAGACUUCCUUAGGAAUUAAUAUGCAAAAUUACAUGUCACCUAGACUAGACUUUUGAGUGUCGCUUGAAUUGAACUGUAUAUGCUCUUUUACGUUGACAACAUAAUUCCGUGAUGUAUGUCAUGCUGGACUCAUUGUACCUCUCUGGAUUCCUCUAUAUCUGCUUAUGCUUUGUUGCUUCCACUGCUAGGCUAAUCCUGCUGCACAUUGGGUGGGAGGUUUCCUUUUUUUCCUUUUUCUCCUAGAAUAGAUUGCUUUGUUCGAGAAAAAUUGCUAGUCUGUGACUGGAUAAAUAUUUUCUGCUUUUUGCAUAAUUAGGCUCCCUGGCUGUGAUAGCAGCAUAAAUUUGACUUUCAUGUACAUUUUGUUCUGGAAUAUAGGUGUCUUUCUGGUCAGGUGAUUUUUCUCCUGUGACUGGAUAUCUGUUAGGUUGCAUGUGGUGACAGCAGCAAAAAUUUGAUUUUCAUGUAUAUUCAGGACCAGUAGGUGUAUUUCUGGACAGGUGAUUUUCAUUCUUACACCCACAAUAAAAGAAACCAGGGAAAGGACUAUUGGAAAGGAGAUGCAUUGGUAGUAUGUUGCUAACCAUACUUUUUAGUUAACAUAAAGUAUGGUCAGAUACAAUCCAUCUUCUGUGUUUUGCAUAAUUAGGCUCCCUGGAGGUGUUGCUUUACUAUUCAGUGGGAAACAGAUUGUCCAUCUACUGCAAGAUCAGUUUUUGAUUGAAGAUCUAUUAGGUUGUUACUUGUUACUUCAGCAGGAUCUUAUGCAUUACAAUUUGGCAUGUUUAAUUGAUAGUUUUUCUUCUGUCUGUGUGCAUGUUACAAAAUUGGCUUACUAUUGUUUAGUUUGUUUUUCUGACUGGAGCAAUGGUACAACGUAGAACUUCCAAUUGAUACUGAAGUUGGGAAAAGUUGAUCCAAUAAAGAAAGAAUAACUAUUGCAUCUGAUUGCCAGCUUUCUCAACUUAGCUAUUACCACUGGCAGAACUCCUUUGUCCUUAGAUUCUUGUCAUGCAUGGAUAUGAAAUGUAGAAAGCCAUAAAAUACCCCACUAAUUGAGUUUUCAGGAGAGCUAUGACGUGGGAGCUUUUUUUUCCCUUUUGCAGGUGUUGAUUAUCCUCAUUUAUGCAUUACAGUUGAAGUUACCUCUGCAGUGGCUAAGCAUUGAAGAACUCCCUCGGCCAUCAAAUUAGAUGCAUGUAGCCCAACUGUAUGAUGCUGAGGAUGGGGACGACAGGGAAUGAAAUGAAUGGCAGUUGGUAAGUGUGUGUGUAUGCUUCAUCGAAGCCAUUGAGGAAAUACAGCUUGAUGCUUUCACCACCAUAUAACUGAGCCUCUUUUGUCAUAGGGAAUGUCCAUCAGUUUUGGGAAUAAACUUAAAAACUGCAGUUUUUUUUUUUUUUCUUUUUCUUUUUUU